CACAGAAGUAGAGGCAGACCUUGCUUCGUGAGCAAGCUCAUCUCUGGAACAAACCGACCAAGCAUUUCUGCCGGUGUUCAUUAGAACAGACACCAUGGCAGAGUACAAUUACGAAGACUUCAACAGUUCCUUUGAGAGCAGCCGGGAGGAGCAUGAACACUUCCUGCAGUUCAAGAAGGUCUUUCUGCCCUGCACAUACCUGGUGGUGUUCAUCUGCGGUCUGGUAGGGAACUCCCUCGUGCUGGUCAUAUCCAUCUUCUACCAUAAGCUGCAGAGCCUGACGGAUGUGUUCCUGGUGAACCUGCCCCUGGCUGACCUGGUGUUUGUCUGCACCCUGCCCUUCUGGGCCUAUGCAGGCAUCCGUGAGUGGGUCUUCGGCAAGGCCAUGUGCAAGACCCUACUGGGCAUCUACACUAUAAACUUCUACACGUCCAUGCUCAUUCUCACCUGCAUCACUGUGGAUCGUUUCACUGCAGUGGUUAAGGCCACAAAGGCCUACAACCAGCAAGCCAAGAGGAUGACCUGGGGCAAGGUCACCUCCCUGCUCAUCUGGGUGAUAUCCCUGCUGGUUUCCUUGCCCCAAAUCAUCUAUGGCAAUGUCUUUGAUCUCGACAAGCUCAUAUGUGGUUACCAUAAUGAGGAGAUUUCCACUGUGGUUCUUGCCACCCAGAUGACACUGGGGUUCUUCCUGCCACUGCUCGCCAUGAUUGUCUGCUAUUCAGUCAUAAUCAAAACGCUGCUUCAUGCUCGAGGCUUCCAGAAGCACAGAUCUCUAAAGAUCAUCUUCCUGGUGAUGGCUGUGUUCCUGGUGACCCAGACGCCCUUCAACCUUGUGAAGCUCAUCCGCAGCACACACUGGGAGUAUGAUGCCAUGACCAGCUUUCAGUACGCCAUCGUAGUGACAGAGGCGAUCGCAUACCUGCGUGCCUGCCUUAACCCUGUGCUCUACGCCUUUGUCAGCCUGAAGUUUCGGAAGAACUUCUGGAAACUUGUGAAGGACAUUGGCUGCCUCCCUUACCUCGGGGUCUCACAUCAAUGGAAGUCUUCUGAGGACAAUUCUAAGACUUGUUCUGCCUCCCACUAUGUGGAGGCCACCGGCGUGUUCCAGCUAUAGGCCUUGUCAAGGUUUUGAAUAGCUGCUCUGGAAUUGGUAAGGCAUGGCUGCGUCCUCUGGAUUGGUGAGGCAGGCUGUUUACAGCUUGCACCUUCUCAUGGAGAAGUUAUCAGACACUGGCCAGUUUGGAAUGCUUCCUCUCAAGUGUGAAUAUGUACUGUUCUCUUCUUGAACACUCAUGCUGAAAGCACAAGUAGGGGGCCUAAAAGUUUUAAGCACUUUCCUUCCUCUAUCCCCAAGAAUGCUGAAACAAAGAGGGAUGACACGCGACUCCUAUGCUGUUAGGUUCUCCUUGAUUGGCACUGGGGCUGAAGGUUGAGGAGGUGAGCACAGCCAACAAGGCUGUUGAUGGUAGGUGGCACGGUGGGUGCCCAAGCUCAGAAGGCUCUUCUGACUACUGGGCAAACAGUGGAGGUAAAAGCAGCUGUGGAAACAAAUGCUGGCUUAGCAGGCUCACACCUCAACCACUAGGGCACCGAACAGAAAUAAGAUCAGGUCCUGCCUCACUUUGGGGUUUGACUUUUGUAUAGGUAGAUGUUCAGGUUGCUUUGAUUAAUCCAGAAUAACUAGCACCAGGGGCUAUGAAUGGGCAAAACCAGGAAUGGCCCUUACCUGCCACUCUUUGGAGUAGAUGUCAAUUUUCCAACAAUGGGCAAAACGAAUUAUAAUAGGCUGAGAAUUCAAGUGGUCCAUGGAAUGCUUGAAAAAUGUGCAAAACAGUGUUUAAGACUGUAAUGAAUCUAAGCAGCAUUUCUGAAGUGGACCCUUUGGUGGCUUUGCUCAUUUAAAAAUGAAAUUUUCCAAUGUCUGCCAUGCCAACAUAUAUA